AUGAGUUCAGCUGAGAUGUGUACUGGGAUUGUGAAAUGUCUAGGAGAUUUCUGGUCUAAAAAACAGCUGCUUGAUUUCACUGUUAAAAUCGAUGAUGUAUCAAUCGAAUGUCAUCGAUUCAUCAUGGAAGCUUGCUCGGAUUACUUUGAAGCACUUUUUCGUUCAGGUAUGAGGGAAGUCAAAGAGAACUGUGUUGUUCUACAAGAUGUAUCGGUCACUGUGUUUGAGUUGAUUCUUAAUACAUUAUACACUGGCAUAAAUAGUUUAACGUUAGACAAUUUUAUAGAGGUUUGGCAAGCUGUUCACCGGCUACAGAUUCGUUUUAUGGUUACAUGUUGUGAAAAUUUUGCUAUCAAUUUCAUUUCAACUGAAACAUGGGAAAACAUUUACAAAACAGCAAAUCUUAUAGAAUCCGAAAAUGUUCUUGGAAAACUUUACCUAUUUAUGUUAAAAAACUUUGAACAAAUAUGUCAAUCAACAACAUUUUUAAAGCUUCAAUUUAAUGAGAUUCGUGAUUUGAUCAAAAGUCAAGAUCUGGUAGUCAGGAGAGAAGAUGUGGUACUGGAGUCUGUUAUUAACUGGGUCGAUAAUGCUCAGGAUAUUAAUAGUAGCAAUGACUUAUCAAUCACACCGAUUAAUGAUGAAACCAAAACGAACGAUUUGGAGAAUGAAAACAGUUUGAAAAAUAAAGUUACAGAUGAAGAAAGCUUGUGUUCUGGAUUUUUAAAUUUAAAUAGCGAGCAACAUCCGGAUAAGACAUUUGUCAGUAGCUGCUCUACCAGAAAAGAAAACCUGACUGGGCUUCUAAAUCUGGUGAGAACAUGUCUUGUAAAUCCCACAGUUCUAUCUCGUGUCUACAAGCUGAAACUAAUUACAGAAAAUGAAGAUGCAAGAAACAUAAUUUUUAACCCGUGUCUAUAUCACGUAAUAGAUUAUAGACACGGACAGUGGCAUUCGGCUGCCGUCCAUCGACAUUGUGGUGAAUAUUAUCAUUGUGGAGUGUAUGCAAAUAGCAAAGGUGAUUUGAAAGCAUUGAACUCGGAAGACGAAGUAUGGUACGGCAUCAACAAAUCCGCGCUUUUACAGCGAGCUAUUCAAUUGGUUGCUUUUGACAAUGAGUUGUAUGGUAUUGGUGUGCAAUCUGUUGAUAGUCAGGGUGUUGUAUGUCGAUUGUGCGUGCUGUGUAACGAUACUUGGGUUGAAGUUGUACAAAUGCCAACUUGGAAUGUGCUGUUAGUCUCACAUGGGCAUAUUAUUUUCGUUUUUAAUAAAGACGAUCGUAUAAUAUACACUGUAAAUCCUAAGACAAAACAAUUGGACACAUUCACAGAUUAUUCUGAAAUAAUUGAUAUCCAGCAUGUGAUGACAGUGGAACAUUUUAUUUUAGUGUUUGAAUCUGUCGCCCAAAAUGGUCUAGAUGAAACAGCCGUUCAUUUGUUGGAUAUUAAUUCAAAUGUUUGGACACGUUUGAAUAAUAUUGAUGGACCAGCGACGCAGAUAAUUAGUUUUAACAAUGACCAAAACAUUUACAUCUUGCAGACGAAUGGAACUUCUAAGAAUGAAGUCUUCGAAGGUCUGUUUAGAGAUUGUAACUUGUCUGGAGAACUUUUGGUCACAAGAACAACUAUUUGA